GUGGCGCUGACUGCACACGGGUGGGGGACGAGUGGGCUUCCCACCCGUUUCACACACUAGGCCUGGCAGCAGCUCCAACUUCACACAGUGGGUCUUCUCAAUCGCCGUAACUCGGGGUGUCUCGGGAUCGGGAGAGAGAAAAGAUCUGAGGAGUUUUCUGGAUGAAAGCAGUUACGCGGCGCUUCAUAAAAAUACAGGAUGGUGUAUGUUUUGAGCUUGUCCUUUGUCGUGGCUGUCAUUUUGCAGGCACAUCUAAUGCAGACAGCAAGUCUCAGGAAGACAAGAGGUGAAAGGUCGCCAUCAGCUUCUGGAGGUCUUCCUCCCAAACUGCAGGCCAUCACCAAGUGGUUGGAGGCACGGCCAGACGCCAACAUUUUCGACUACAUCCUGGAAACGAACAGAGGUAUGGGACUGAACCUGUAUGAGGGAGACAUCAGGGGCUUUAACCCGUGGCACAGAAGCGCGGUGAGGACUCAGGAGGAACUUUGGAACGCGAGGACUGUCCCAUACGUCGUCGACUCCUCUGUCGAGCCUGCUGUGCGGGACGCUAUCCAGGAGGCCAUCCAAGAGUUCCACCACAGAACCUGCAUACACUGGGUGCCCCGCAUCGACGAAAGGGACUAUGUUGUUUUCAAGAAAUCGUCAGGGUGUUUCUCGUCCAUCGGCCGUGUUGGAGGGCCACAGGAGGUAUCCUUGAUGACCCCCUGUGCCCAGAAAGGAACGGCCAUGCAUGAAAUGCUUCACGUGCUGGGAUUCUUCCACGAACACAGUCGCCCUGAUCGUGAUCAGUGGGUUCAAAUCCUGCUUCAGAAUGUGUUGGCAGGGAAGGAGGGAAACUUUGACCGCCUUUCCGAUAACGUCAUCGACACUCUGGGCGUCCUGUACGACUACGAGUCCAUCAUGCACUACUCACGCUACGCCUUCUCAGCCAACGGCCAGGCAACCAUCUUGCCCAAACAGGACCCCUGGGCCAAUCUGGGCCAAAGGGACGACUUCAGCCACAGAGACAUUGAAAGGCUUAACAUUCUGUAUCACUGUGAGUCCGUUGGACAGACACAUUCAGAGAGUUCAGGACAAGGAGGGACCAGCCAGCCUCUUACUGAAACAGCAGCGCCAAAUGGAUGGUCGUCCUGGGGCUCGUGGUCAGAUUGCGACCUUCAAUGCCGUCACUUCCGGUAUCGCUUAUGUACUAACCUCGAUGCAGCCUUCUGCCCCGGAAGUACGACUGAAACUGAGGCUUGCGCGCAUCCAUGCAAAACGGCAGUUUCACUCGGAUGCUGGGCCAACAACCCUUCCAGCCCCGCCAUCUCAUCAGUGGAGGGGCUGUAUCCCGCUGUCCAAGACGCUUACCAGUUCAGGGCCGCGGCCGUCAGACGUUGUGCUGACGUCGCGACAACGCUCGGCUAUGACGUCUUCGCGCUGUCUGAUGGCGGCAAGUGUCUCACGUCACGUGACGCCCUUCACACCUUCAGCAGUUGCGGCCCGUCACAGCUGUGCGACAGCAGCGGCAAGGGGGGACCUGCAGCCAUGAGCGUCUACUCCUUUAACGGUGAUGUGGAUGGGGGUUGGAGUCAGUGGACGGAGUGGGGGCAGUGUUCCCGCUCUUGCGGAGGAGGCCAGCAGUAUCGUUAUCGCCGCUGCAACUCUCCCCCACCGACUGGAAGGGGUCAGCCGUGUCAAGGGCACGACGCCGAAAACACCAGAUGCGGAAAUCAAGUUUGUGAAAUUGUGGCAAAGUGUGGGGUGCGAAAUCACGUGGGCAGCGUCGGUUCAGCGGGUUACAUCCACGUCUCUGACUAUGACGAUUUCAUGACGUGUGAUUACGUCAUCCUUUCCAGUCUGCCUGACGUCACCGUGUCCCUGGAGGCCGUGAGGAUGGAUAUCGAGCCGUCUGUGGGCUGCAUUUACGAUUAUCUCGCUGUGUACGAUGGAGUAAACGACACUGUCGGCGAGCUGAUGGGCAGGUACUGCGGGACCUCCCCGCUCUUCCGCCUCCAGUCGUCUGGCCCCGCCAUGUUCCUCCGCUUCCUGUCUGAUUCCACUACUACAGGCGGCGGCUACACGCUGCAGUUCAUCAUCAACAGUGGCACACGCAAGGCGUGUCCUCCACCUUUUCCUCUGUCACACGGAACUAUUGUCAUGGAAACUAACUUCGUCGGCGACACUGCUGCCUUCGCAUGCGAGCCAGGUUAUCAUCUGAUUGGUCCAUCCCUGGUCACGUGUGUAGACCAACCGGGGAUGGCGGCCUGGACCGACAACUUUCCCUACUGCCUGUACAGUCGGAAAAGAAGAAGCCUUUUAGAGACGGCAGUCAACUGCACGUUUGAAGGAAAUCUGUGCGGUUUUCAUCAUGAAGGAGAAGGCAACUGGCGCUGGAUUUUGCAGACGGGGGAGUCCCUUGCUCCUCACCAGCUACAGCGCCCGGUCAGCGACAGACAAGGGUCAAAGGCUGGAUAUUUCCUGUACGUGGAGUCCACACCAUCCUGGCGACCUUCCGAUAGUGCGAGAGUGACCUCACCGCGAUAUGCGGCUGAUGACACCUCACCUCAUUGUUUGGAGUUCUGGUAUUAUAUUUAUGGCAACGAACUCGUGCAACUGCAGGUCCUCCAGGCUUCUGAAGCAGGCGAACUCCUACACUGGUCCUCCGUUGGGCGACGUGAUGGCCGCUGGGCUCAGGCUAAAAUCCGUUUGCGACCGCUCAAGUUUCUACAGAUCACUUUCGAAGCAGCCAUUGGCCUACAACUCGGGGCUUCCGCUGCGGUUGAUGAUGUUGUGAUCAGGAAUGGUCUCUGUUAGGACGGAGGCUGAAAACAGAAAAUGCAUGCGAAAGCCUUUUGUAUUAUUGUUCAGAUACACUAUUUUUCAAGUAUUAAUUCUGCAGAUUUCCCGUUUCCUUGUGUUAUUCGUUCCUUCUAAGAUUCUGCUAAAUUUUAGAGCACGUGUGAGAAAAAUGAUGGGUAGUUACCACCCGUUUUUAAAUCCAAAGUCACAGUCGGACGAUCUUAUACACAAUUGACCAUUUUAUGUACUUUCUUUAUUCCCAGGCUUUUGUCACUUGCCCAUGUGCACACUGUAAAUCUUCUACUCAAAUUAUAACAGGCGUUGUGACUGAAGUUUGUAGCCUCAGUUUUCGUUGGGUAGAAAAGGAGAUAAGUGUAUAUUACUUUUACAUACUGGCAUGGCAUUGCGCUUACCUGAGCCUAAUAAUACUAAUUCUCUCGGUAGUACAUGUCCAGGGAUAGACAAAAGGCGUGAAGCGUUCCUUACUAUUUGUUGAUCACAGAAAGAAGCUAAAUCUCUCUGUUUGAUACCAAUUAUCUUAGAACAGAUGUGGACAAUACGGUUCAGACUGUUCCAUUCAUGAACAGAGAGGUUGCGAAAGCAACAUACAAAUGAUAAAGAUACAAGACUCUCAAUAAACGACUGGUAGAAACGGCCUAAGAUUGCUUGACUAACUGAAAAACUAUUUAGCUUACACAAAAGGCACUUUCUUUGUUGGCCACGUUUAACAAUGUGUUCCGUGUUGUCUACAUUUAACUCCAGAAAGUUCUCCUCACACCACUGUACAAAAUUUUUUAAGGUAUUACCAUGAUCUUUAUUAUGUUCCUGCAAAAGAGUCAACAUUGUAGCAUCAUCAGAGAACUUAAUGAAGAAGCUAUAAUCCUCCGUAUUGUCAGCGUACAUGAUAAACAACAGAAGUGUCAGACAAUAUCCUUGUAGGGAGCCAGUGCUUGUAACAAAGGUAUCAGAAUAAUUACUAUUAACAUACACCCUCUGCUGUCUGCAAGUCAAAAAAUAUCCACUACACACAAAACCAGUUGAUGUGGAAGAUUAAAAUAAGAAAUUCUGAUUUCUACUUCAAUAAACUACAAGAAAUGGUAA